CACACACACACACACACACACACACAACACACCCCAACCCAGACAGCCCACUCCACUUUUCAGACGCCCACCUCCUCAUACUCCCCUCCCCUAAACAGACUUCCACCCACUCACCAUCUGUAGCCUCCCUUCCGCCCCCCGCCCCGCCCGCCCGGCUCCCCCUCCCCAAGAAGCAGACCUGCACAGUGGGAGGCAGGGACCCCGCCAGACGCUCGGGUCGAGCGCGCCGGACUGACCUCUGCCCGCCCGGGAAACUAACAAAGGCGGUGCGCCAGCCCAGACCCCAAGAGGCGCGAGCGGCGGCCGCGGGCCGGGCAAGCGCCGGGCGGGGGCUGCUCCGGAGUCGGGAGCCGCGGCGCCGGAGGACGCAGAUCUCUCCCCGCGCGCGCCGCUCGGACGCCGCCGGCACCAUGGGCUGCUGCACCGGGCGCUGCUCGCUCAUCUGCCUCUGCGCGCUGCAGCUGCUCUCAGCCUUGGAGAGGCAAAUCUUUGACUUCCUUGGCUUCCAGUGGGCACCAAUUCUUGGAAAUUUUCUACAUAUAAUAGUCGUCAUAUUGGGUUUGUUUGGAACUAUUCAGUACAGACCUCGAUAUAUUGUGGUGUACACAGUAUGGACUGCCCUCUGGGUCACCUGGAAUGUGUUCAUUAUCUGCUUUUAUUUGGAAGUAGGUGGACUCUCUAAGGAUACAGAUCUGAUGACAUUCAACAUUUCUGUGCACCGGUCAUGGUGGCGGGAACAUGGGCCCGGCUGUGUCCGAAGAGUGCUGCCUCCAUCAGCCCACGGCAUGAUGGACGACUACACGUACGUCUCCGUCACAGGCUGCAUUGUUGAUUUCCAGUACCUAGAGGUCAUCCACAGUGCUGUCCAGAUACUCCUCUCAUUGGUUGGUUUUGUGUAUGCCUGUUAUGUGAUCAGUAUUUUCAUGGAAGAAGAGGACACCUUUGAUUUCAUAGGCGGACUUGAUGCACACUCCUACUACCAGGAUCAUGUUGAGUUAAAGCCUGUUAACCUGUCGAAAUAAGUAAUGACACUGACUCUGAAACACGGCUGCUGAACUUGACUUAGGAAGCCAGGCACCACUGAGAGCACCUCUCCGCAUUGAUAUGUCUCACCUCCUCCCAGAGGAUGGACUGCGCCUCCCUACUUCCCCACGAGUCACCGAGUUCUUUGGUCACAGCCUAUGUGUUAUUAGCAUUGUGCACUAGAGUUGUAGGUGAUCGGGUGGGUAUUUUUUUAGUCAUUUUCUUCUUACAUGAAUACUUGUAAAUUAUUUAAAAAUUGUUUUUUCAUUUUUUAACAAUAUUUAAUGUGAGGCAUGCAAAAUGAAAAAAUUUUCAUGAAAGCCUUCUACAGUCUAUUCUAAAAGAAAUACUGGUUCUUGUAUUGAGGUGUCCAGUCAAUGUUGCUGAUGACCGCAGUUACCCUAUGCCCAAUGGACUUUGCAUUAACAGAUAUUACGGGGGGCUAUUCACCAUGAUCUUAGAGCUGUGACAGCUGGUAAAUGGGUGCAAACAGCAGAUCUGGGUUUCAGACUGACCAUGGGGCAUUUUCUCAACACCACACAACAAAACUUGAAGUCCUCCUUCGUUCUCAACUUUCCAGAAUGCAGAAUAACAUUACGCCAGUCUAAAUUUUCAGAUUUGUGCAUGUUAUCUUGUUCUUCCUGUGUUCUGGAAAUUACAUCAUGGGGGUAUGGAAGAAUAACAUGAUUAGCAGAUAUCUUUCUACUUUUGGAGGGUACAUGGGUAUUUCUGGCAUUCAUAUUUUCCCUUCUUUAUCCCAGUUCUGACACUGGUGUCUGGCCAAAACAUACAGCUUCUGGGCUUGGGAGACAGAAAUCACAACCAUAAAUCUGCAAUCAGGAAUGUUGCUCUUAAGAUAACCAAAAGGAGCUUUAAAAUGGUGUAGAAUCUCAUAAAGUCUUCUUAAAAAGAUAUUUAUAUUUGUUCAACAUCAAUUUUUCUUUCUCCGACCCCAUCCCAAUAACCAAGAAAGUAAUAUGGGAAUCAUAAUUUUCCAUAGAAAAAAAGAACUGCUUUGAAAGCAUACCACAGUUUUUCCUUUUGUAUCUUUCAAUUAUUAUUUCCCAUAUCAAAAUAAGUUUUGCUCACUUUGUACAGCAACCAACAUAAGGUCACCCAUUAGAUCAUAAAAUUGCAUACGUGUGCACUCCUUCAGUCCAAAAGUUGUUAACUUAGCCCAUACAUCUCUAAGAAGGCAGUCUAUAAAACAUCUAAAAUCACAUGCAAAUUCUUGUAUGUGUAUAGAGGUUCUUUUUUUCUUUUUGGAGUCUAUAUAUUUUAUGAGACUCUGUUAAGAAUCAGAACUAAUACAAAAGUCUACACUGGUUCCUCCCAGUUCAUGACAACCACUGUGGCAUUCUAAAGGGCCAUUUUAGUCACUAGCGUUUGGAUUGUGCCCCUUCAGUCAGGAGAAUCACGCUGAAUCCCAUCAUUUUUCAUCUACUGAAUAAACCCAACAAAAUGAAGAGGAGUUCAUCUGAAGGGACCUUGGAAAUGAUCAAAUCCAAGCCGCCAUUGCACGGUUGAGGGAUCUGAAGCCUAGGGGAUUUGGUGGUCUUGUCCAGAGUCCUGCCUGUAUACAGAGGGGCAAGAGCUAUGGCCAAAGGAAGGGGAACAGGAAGGCAAACAAUAAGGUUUGGUCCCAGGCCCACCACUCUGGCCUUGGACAGAGCUGGACAUCUUGACCUUGAAAUUUUCCUCAUCUGUAAGAUUGAACUAUAAUUGCUACCUCCUGAGGAUGAGGUGAGAAUCAGAUGAAAUGUAAAAAGUAUCCUGGAAACUCUGACACCCCAUAUUUGAGAGACAGUUAGUAUUGUAAUAUCAAAACAAGUUGGGCCCUGUCUGGAGUUCUUGCCAUACAACCACAUGCAAUGAAAGGCCCAUGAAAACACCAAACUCUUUGAAGUUUUCUAAAAAGUAGCUUGAAAAUAUUGCCAUAUUUGAACAACUGGAAACACUGAAGACUAAAAAUUGCAUUUCCUAAUUAAAAAUAACUUCUAUAUUUCGAGAUUAAUCCAUAUGAUUUUAUGGGUAAAGCUAAUAGAAUAUCAAGAAUGUAGAAAGUAAGACAGGAGAAUAAAAGUAAUAUGUCAGUA